UCUUCACUUUCAUUCCAACAUCCUCUUUCAAUUUCCUUCAAUUUCUCUCUCUUUUCUUCAAUUCAAACAAACGGAGGAAUUGUUGGAGAUGGCCAACCAAAAUGUGGUGGUGUCGGACGCAAUAACGGCGGCGGUGGCGGGGCCGUCGAUUUUCCCGGCGGCGGCGCAGAAGCCGCCGGCCGUGCCGGGGACCUACAUCAGCAUCUCGCAGAAGAAGCUGGUGCAGAAUCUGGACAUCAACAGCGCCGCCAGAAUCAACGCGUGGGUGGAUUCCAUGAGAGCUUUAUCUCCCACUCACAUCAAAUCCCACUCUCUCUCCGACCAUCGCAAUAUGCAGCUUCCCUCGGCUAUGGACACGUUCGAGCAAAUCAUGAAUGAUGCAAAGGGAAAGCAGAUUGUGAUGUUUCUUGACUAUGAUGGCACGCUCUCUCCCAUCGUUGAAGAUGCAAAUCAAGCCUUCAUGUCCAAUGCGAUGAGGGAGACGGUGAGGAAAGUGGCUAGAUACUUCCCCACUGCUAUAGUGAGUGGGAGAGGCUUAGACCAGGUGUAUAGUUUUGUGAGACUGGCAGAGCUGUACUAUGCAGGCAGCCAUGGCAUGGACAUAAAAGGCCCAUCAAAAAGUUCCAAACACACUAAAGGUGGUGAGGCUGUUCUUUACCAACCUGCAAGUCAAUACCUUCCCAUGAUGGACGAGGUUUACAAAGCACUAUUGGAAGUGACAAAAGAUACACCAGGUUCUACGGUGGAUAAUAACAAAUUUUGUCUGUCUGUACAUUUCCGACGUGUAGAUGAGAAGAAAUGGGUUGAACUUGCUACAAAAGUUGGAUCAGUGAUGGAGGCCUACCCUGACCUUGUAUUGACCCAAGGAAGAAAGGUUUUCGAAAUUCGUCCUCCUAGCAAAUGGAACAAAGGGAAGGCUCUUGAGUUUCUGUUAGAGUCACUUGGAUAUGCUAAUUGUGCUGAUGUAUAUCCUAUCUACAUUGGAGAUGAUCGAACUGAUGAAGAUGCAUUCAAGGUUCUAAGAGAAAGGGGCCAAGGAUCUGGAAUUCUUGUUUCCAAGAUUCCAAAAGACACAAAUGCAUCUUAUUCUUUGCAAGAACCAUCUGAGGUCAUGGCAUUUCUAAGACGUUUGGUUGACUGGAAAAGAUUAUCACUGAGGAAGCAAUUCAUGUUGAAAGCAAGACUUCAAGGGAUGAAAAUGCCUAUGCCAAUUUGAGAACUAAUUGUUAAUAGAUGUUAAUUAUUGAGAAGCAAUAUAUGUACGUAUUUAUAAAUGUACGUAUUUAGUAGCUUUACAUGCUUUUAAGUAAAAAUUAGAUAAGAAAGUUAAAAUGUGAGGGCCCUUGUACAACUUUUUCUUUGUAAUUAAGUAUGUGCAAUGGCAAAUUACUAUUUUUCUUCUUGUUAA